ACUGGGGAGCCUUUUGCGCAAAAGCGCGCAGACAUUCGGUAUGAACGAGCCGGGUUAAAAAUUUUAUCUAUCGAAGAACGUGAACGACAUGCAGCGAGACACGUUGUCGAAACGCCCCUUGUUGCUGUAGCUACAUUGAAAACUUAAUUCAGUUAGAAAAACCCCGAUUGCCCAAUGCGCAAUCGCCCGAAGGCGAAUGGAUUUGAACGUUUUUUUCCUCUCGCUCCGCGCGGGACUGACGCCUGAGCUCCGGUGAAAGAUGUGGAAAGAAGAAUAUGAUGUUCAUUUCGACUUUCUUCUGGGACUUCUUGAUGCCAACCUCACAGAUGUGCUGUGCGACUCAGAAUCAGAGCUGGGGUGCGUGGACACACUGGAGAGAGGCAGCACAGAUACUCUCGCCAACGGUUGCCGUGUCGAUGCGGAUGGUGCCAAGCGACUGGCUAAGCGGCUCUUUUACCUGGAGGGCUUUAAGCGCUGUGACGUGGCACGACACCUGGGCAAGAAUAAUGAAUUCAGCCAGUCGGUGGCAUCCGAGUACCUGAGCUUCUUUGACUUCACAGGGUUGUCCUUAGACAGAGCGAUGAGGAACUUCCUGAAGGCGUUUCCUCUGAUGGGAGAGACACAGGAGAGAGAACGUGUGCUGGUGCACUUCUCCAAACGCUUCUGCCACUGUAAUCCACAGGCUCUCACAUCAGAGGAUGGAGCUCAUACACUCACCUGUGCACUUAUGCUUCUUAACACAGACCUGCAUGGACACAACAUCGGGAAGAAGAUGUCAUGUCAGCAGUUCAUUAGCAAUCUGGACGGCCUCAAUGAUGGCAAAGAUUUUCCCAAAGAAUUACUCAAGGUGCUUUAUAACUCAAUAAAGAACGAAAAGCUGGAGUGGGCAAUCGAGGAAGAGGAGUUGAGGAAGAGCCUGUCGGAGCUGGUGGAUGGUCAAUGCGAGGUGGGGGGGAAACGUGUUGUCAGGGUAACGGAUGGCAGUAACCCUUUCAUAGCCAUUCCACUGGUACUCAAUGCUGCAACUUACAAACAUGGGGUUCUGACACGCAAAAGCCAUGCAGACAUGGACGGCAGACGCACCCCGAGAGGACGCAGAGGCUGGAAGAAGUUUUAUGCUGUGCUGAAGGGAAUGAUUCUCUACCUGCAGAAAGAUGAGUAUAAGCCUGAUAAAGAUCUGUCAGAGGUAGAUCUGAAGAAUGCAGUCCGGAUUCAUCACGCACUGGCUACAAGAGCAUGUGACUACAGCAAGAGAGCCAACGUCCUGAAACUGAAGACCUCAGACUGGAGGGUGUUCCUCCUGCAGGCCCCGAGUGAGGAGGAGAUGAUGUCGUGGAUUUUCCGAAUGAAUCUGGUGGCGGCUCUAUUCUCGGCCCCGGCAUUUCCUGCUGCCAUCGGCUCCAUGAAGAAAUUCUGCAGACCAUUACUGCCCUCAUCCACAACAAGACUCAACCAGGAGGAGCAACUGAAAUCCCAUGAGAACAAACUGAAGCAGAUCUCUCUGGAAUUGGAGGAACACAAGAGGAGCCCACCAGAUCUGACGCCCAAGAGCAAGGAAUCAGAAGAAUAUCGAAUCAAAGAGCACUAUUUAGCCUAUGAGAAAUGCCGUUACGAAACAUACGUCAGUCUCCUGCAGGCAAAGUUCCACGCAGGAAGUGACGACCUGGAUAAGAUUGAAGCCAGUCUGUUUAGUGUGGAGGGGAAGGAAGGUUACCUGCGUAAAACUAAAUCCAGCCCUUCUAUUAGCCAAGGUCAUGGGGCCAAUGGACGGGUCGGUCAAAAACAUGCUUUGGAGCACAAAAGCUGAAGAGCCUUCUAACUUUGACCUCUGAACUCGCAUCAUAGACUCAGCGGGAUUGGAUAAAUGAGACUGACUUGUUUCUUGAAACAAGAAAAAUACAAACGUAGCAUUAUAAUGUCCUUAUUUCAAUGUACAGUACAUUUAUUAUGACCAUUAUACACCGAUCAGCCACAACAUUAACACCAACUGCCUAAUAUCGUGUAGGUCCCCCUCGAAAACAGCGCCAACCCUCAUCUCAGAAGAGCAUUCUGAGAUGAUAUUCUUCUCAACACAAUUGUAAAGAGAGGUUAUCCGAGUUACCAUAGACUUUGCUCAUUUUGUUUUUUUGUUUUUGGCACCAUUCUGAGUAAAUUCUAGAGAUUGUUGUGUGUGAAAAUCCCAGAAGAUCAGCAGUUACAGAAAUACUUGGUACCAACAAUCAUCCAUGUGAUUAUCUAAUCAGCCAAUCAUGUGGCAGCAGUGUAUAAAAUCAUGCAGAUACGGGUCAGGAGCUUCAGAUAAUGUUUACAUCAACCAGAAUGUGGGCAAAAAAUGUGAUCUCAGUGAUUUGGAGUGUGGCAUGAUUGUUGAUGCCAGGCGGGCUGGUUUGAGUAUUUCUGUAACUGAUGAUCUCCUGGGGUUUUCACACACAACAGUCUCUAGAAUUGACUGAGAAUGGUGCCAAAAACAAAAAACAUCCAGUGAGCGUCAGUUCUGUGGACAGAAACAACCUUGUUGAUGAGAGAGGUCAACAGAGAAUGGCCAGACUGGUUCGAACUGAUAAAGUCUACAUUAACUCAGAUAACCCCUCUGUACAAUUGUGUUGAGAAGAAUAUAAUCUCUGAACACUAUUCUGUGAUGUGGGUUGGUGCUGUUUUGGCGGCACUAGGGGGACCUACACAAUAUUAGGCUGGUGGUUUUAAUGUUGUGGCUGAUCGGUGUAUGUAUUAUUAGUAUUAUUACAACAAAAAUACACAUUGUUAAUAAUGCUAUGAACAUUACGUGCCAAAUACGAAAGGAAAAGGAGACCAAGACCGUAUUGGAGAAUUAACGUCAACACAACAAUGCAUGGAAUGUCAAGAGAAAGGGAAAUUUCAUGUUGCUGAAAUGAGAUGCACUGUGACAUCACAAUGCAGCAUGUUCUGUUUUGAUUCCAGUAAGGAGCAUGUUAUGAAGGUAUGGAGGACUUUAUUAUGAGAUCGCAAUCAGCACACUGUAAUGGUAUUAGAACUUAAUUUAUUCACGAUGUCACUUAGCGGAUCAAUUAGUUUCACCCAAGGACUCUCUUUGUGACAUCACAAUAUGUAACUAUCACAAGGCUGUGUGCAGUAAUGGUUUUCUGAUUGACAGGUCUGGUUUAGAUGUAGCAUUCGGUUUACUCAUGAGGCGGCACCUACUAUCAGCCUCGUAAAGUAGCCAGUUUAAGGGCUUCGCCGCACACUGGGGUGCAUGUAAAGAUCCAUGUAGUACUCCAUGUUAACUAACCCCUUGUAAUUAUUUAUUAUGUUAUAUUUAUUAAUUGUACAUUUAUUUUCUCCAUUUGGGAAAAAUAGUGGACUAUGGGAAGGCACUUGUAAAGAUACAUUUGACCCGUAAAUAGUUUACUAUCUCUGUACCAUUGUUUGAUAACUCUUUGCUUGAUAGCUGAUGAUCAAUAUUGGAUCCAGGGAUAUGUUUAAAGGAAUGUUCCAGGUUCAGUACAAGUUCAGCUCUAUCUACAGCAUCUGUUGUAUAUACAGUAUAUUGUUUACCACAGACAUUUUUACCUCAGUUUUUGUUUGUUUUGUUUUUUAAGCAAAAAUCGUGGUUACAGUGAGACAACUACAGUAAACAGGCCCUUGAACGUUGAGGCUUUUAAAAUAGAAAUGUGAACAUGAUAUUUUUUAUAAAAGUGAUUUUUUAUAUUAGUUGUUCCUUAAAAAUGUGUAUUAUUUGAGCUGUAAAGUUGUCUAAAUUAUAUUUUUUCUUUGUAGUGGGACUACGGUUAUAGGCAGAAGACCUUUGGUUGUCCAUUACUGAUAUACUAAUUCUUAUUAGGAUUUUGUCUCAGAGACCCAAGCACUGAUAUAGUUGACCCCUCUCUCAUGCCAUUCCAGAUGUAUAAGACUUUCUUUCUUCUUUCUUUUUGCUGAAUAUUUCAGCUCUGUAGGUCCAUACAAUGCAAGUGAAUGGUGACCAAUACUUUAAAGCUCCAAAAAAGGACAUACAGGCAGCAUAAAAGUAAUCCAUAAGACUCCAGUGGUUUAAUCCAUGUCUUCAGAAGUGAUAUGAUAAUUGUAUUUUACCACAAGGCCCUGCCUCAAAUGGCACCCUAAGCCCUUGUGGUCUUCCUGUGCAUUUGAAACAGACUUCAAGGCUUUAUUCAGAUAACUGCAUUUUCAUACAUUAUGUUUUUCAUAUACAUGCAGUUUCACAAAUGAUUAUUUGAAAAUACAGACAAUUUACUGACAAUAAAGCGUUAGACAGUUUAAUCAAGAACCUCUGAAAAACAAAGCACACAUAUAACUACAGCAACAAAACUCAUUUAAAAUCAUUUAAAGAUUUUUAGUUAACAAAAAACAUUAUUCAGACACAUGGAUGGUUACAUGCAGGUGCUUAGAACACAGUCAAAUGCAGGGACUAAAAACGGUUCAAGGAACGAAAAUGGAAAAUGAACAAAAUUUUUUUGACCAAAAACCAGAGCAAAUUGAUGUUCAGUUGUUCUGGAGUAAAAUCUUUAUUUUGAAAUGCUGGUAACCGGUUAUAACCGUUAAAAAUGUUUCUGAUAAUUUUUUCAUGAAACUAAAGGCCAAAGGGUUUAUAACAAUAGAUUUUGGAACUACAUUACUUCAAGUUCCCCGAUAAAAAAAUGUAACAUCCUGAUCAUGAAGGAAACUGCUGCAUCUCACAUUUCUUUGCCUAAUUGCCUGUUGUGGAUGUCGCAUUCUCUGAAUGACUAUUAUAUACUGUAUACUAUAUAUAAUUACUAUAUAUACAUGCAUGGCUAAUCUAGGUACAAGGAAAACAUUAUUAGAGGUAAAAAGUACAUUUCUCAGUUGUGUCCAUGUCUUCACUGAAUUAUUGUUAGAUAUGAUGCAUUAAUACAGAUUCUUUGCUGCUGGGAUUCGACUCAGAAGCAGAUCUGUAAAUAAAAUUAUACUUAAUUGUUAAUUAACUUGUUAUGAUUUCUAUGAAAAAUUUAUCCGAUAAAUCCACCACACAGGGAAAAAUGAAUUGCUUAUUUUGUUGAGGCAAGUGGCUUAUUUUGGGCUUGUUUUUCCAGAACAGGUUGCUUGUUUCUCUUGAGAGAUCUGGCAACAUUGCAAUUGGUAUUUCAGCCACCCCUUAACGCAAAGUACUGUCAUCUUAAAUAGAACGUUAUUAACCAUUAUUUUAUUUUGUUCUAACCAGUAAACUUUUGGAAAGGAGGCUGAGGAACUUCUGAACUGGAACGAAAAAAUACAGUUUUUGCUCAGAAUGAACCGAAAUGAAAAACAUUUUGUUUUUAGUCCCUGGUCAAAUGUAUAGAAAGAACAUUCAUCUCACACACUGCCAUAGAUUUGAAAAAUCAUACUAAAACACACUUGUUCAGGUAUAUAUCAUCGUUAGACUGAAAGUUGCUAUAUCAAUAAAAAUAAGCAAUUUUACAAGCUAAAGCUGUUUGCAUUAAAGUAUCCUCUCCUGUCUUGACAUUUUAGAGACUCACAAUAAUAUUACAAUCCUCUUUGAAACAUCAAUUACACAUUUUUGUGUUAGUUUACUUACUUUUCUGAACAUAAAACUUCCUCAAGAAAAACUAUUAAAUUAAAAUGGUAUAGGAGUAAUUCCAUAUCUCUGGACAAAAAAUAAUAAUAAUUUGAACCAGUUAUACACAGCAGACUAAAAUGUGAUACUAUAUACGCAAGAAAAGCAACUGAUCCGUCAUUGCAAUCAGGAAGAAGCGAUUAUUGAAAUCAAUAUUUUAUCCGCAGUUGACAUUGCUUUGUCCACUAUGAUUUUUCUCCAGCUUGGAAAAUCCAGUCAGCUGUGAUUGGUCGAGAGGAUCAGCAGCGGGGACUGUUGGGUGGUAGCCCACUGUGGAGCUCACUCUAAUGCGGCUCAGCUGAAGGGCACACUGAGGUUGCAAAGGGGCGCUUGUGAGCACCCUUCUGUGCACUAAAAUGUAAAAUGGGACACCCUACGGUGUGGACAUGUGGAUUUGAAGGCAUCACAUGUAACAUUUGGGACAGGGCCCAAGUAUACGCCUUUGAUCAGCCCCAACCAGUAGGUGGCGAUAUGCACGAAGUAUGUGAACUGGCAAAAACAAAAGAAACCAAGCAUGUGAAUGUGAAAGUAGAGAUUUAUCGUAAAAAAAAGGACUUAAAUAUUGAUCUGUUUCUAAGCCACAACAUCAUAUCACUUCAGAAGACAUGGAUUAAACCACUUAAGUUUAAUGGAUUGCUUUUAUGCUGCCUUUAUGUGCUUUUUGGAGCUUCUAAGUUUUGGUCACCAUUCACUUGCAUUGUAUGGAUCAACAGAGCUGAAAUAUUCUUUUAAAAAUCUUUGUUUGUGUUCUGCAGAAGAAAGAAAGUCAAACACACCUGGGAUGUUAUGAGGGUGAGUAAAUCAUGAGAGAAUUUUCAUUUUUGGUGAACUGUCCCUUUAAAAGUUUUUAGAAAGCCACUGGUUAUACUUAUUUAAUUUUUAAUGCAUAUUUUGGGGGAAAUUGUUGCAAAAUUGGCACUUUGGGCAUUAAGGGUUGCAAAAAAUGUUGGCAGUAAGUGGAUGUUCCUUUGUUCCUACACAAUUCAACUUACAAAGUACAUGAUUUUUAUUAUUAGCAGUAAGGGUAAAUUCAUGAAAAGUUAAGACAUUUGAAUAUUUAAAACUAAUGAGAUUUAUUGAUAUUGAUUAGCCAUUAUAAUAAAAAUAUAGAUUUCUAUUUCAUUUAAAUGUUUAAUAUACCGUGAAUACCAAAAACAAUGAUUUUUUUAAAUGACUUAACAGCACAGAAAACAGCUGAAAAUAACAAUAAUAUUAAGUAGUUCAUCUGAUUUACUGAAAAGGCUCCAUUGUGUGAAUAUAAAUAUGUGUUACCACUAAUGCCCAGCGCUGCAUUUUUUCUGCACUAAAUUUAUGAAUGUUGAUAGUUAAAGGGUUGUUAUAUAUGUCAUGAAAUUACAGUACAUUAAGCAAGCCAAAACCAAGCAUUAUAGUUUUAAAGAUAUGGCAAUUUUUCUAAAUAAUUGUUUUUCUAAAAGUUAUGGCACAAAAUGUACGUCAGUCCUGCAGACGAACAUCCACAUGAAGUUCAUUUUUUAUAUCAUGACUAGAAUUCAAAUGAACAAAAUUCAGAUUCAAAUACUUUAGUCAUUGUUCUAGCUCCAUACAAUUCUGCUCAGAUGGGUUUUUGAGGGUUAAGUAAAAACUCAUUUUCUUGUAUUCUUUACAUGGUCAUGUCAGGAGUUCAAAUAUAACAUAUAUUUGCACAGACAUGUUUAGCAAUUAAUUCUAUCACACUAGUUUUAACAUGUAAGUCUUCUGACUACACUUUCACUUUUUUCACUUGCCUUGCUUGUUAUACUUUCAUUUUUAAUGCCUUACUGUACCCACAGUUGUUGCUUAAAAAAAACAGGGAUGAGUACAAAUCUAUUUCUAUGGUAAUCAACAUUGUGCCACAAAUGCUGUUUACAGGGAAAAAACUCCUGGAAUAUUCCUUUAAUGUUGGAAACUAUGGUGUCUCAACACAUGACAGGGUAUGGGACUGAAAGAAACAUUGUAAAUUGACAUGUAUAUGAGUGUAUGUGCGCGAGAGAGGAAGGAAGACUGAAAGUUAUCGAGUCUGAGCAUGCAAAUGUGCAACUCGAACACAGGAAAACAUUUUGGACUCAAAGCAACACCCUCUUAUUCUUCAUUCAGUGGACCACCAUGUGUCUCUAUGUGCCUGCAGAAAUGUCAGCCUGGACAAAACAUUGAGCAGCAGGACUGCAAGCAACACACCUUGAACCUACAGGUCAUCAUUUCCAUCGCUGUAGUGUAUUGAAACACAUAUGGAAGCAUCUUUUAAAAAGGACAAACAGUAUCCCAAAUCAGUCCUGAAAAUGUAUUGCUUUCUGGUCGUGAGCCAGCAGCUCUGCUGACAGCGAAACUUAAUGGUACAAACUUUGUUUGAGCAAGUGCAAGUAGAUUUUUAUAGUCCUGUUUUAAAGCAUGAAGACAGUGAAAGUGAGAGAAUGAGCUUUUGGCUCUUUUAUGCUUUAUGGGAUGUAGAAUAAUAUAAGAGCUGCAAUUUUAUACAUUCUUAGUAAUGGCUUUCUUAAAGGGACCUCUCUAUAGCCUACUUUUCGCUUUGGCUGUUGUGCUAACUUGAUUUUCCCGUUUAGGGUAGAACUCAGACGCUGUUAUAAUAAAAGAUUGU